UUGUGUGUUGAGUCACGAUUUAGAGUUCGCUGGAUGGGAGUGGAUUAAUAUCUACUAGUAGCUUGGAUGAAGAUUGUGAAUAUCUGUCAAAUUUGAGUUGAGGGAUAUUUUGUUUUUUUUUCUCGUCGUACUCUCUCUCACUCUCGCUCUAUUGUGUCUACUUGCCAAACAGUGAAGAGUGUAUACAGAUAGAUUUCCAAACUCCACUCCACUCACCACUAUGGCGACCCUCAGAACUUCCCUAUCACGAUCCCUCAUCCUCCUCCGCUGCAAUGCCCCCAAAUUCGCACCCAUCUCCUCUUCUGUUCGUCUUCAAGUGCAAAAGUCCAGAAACUAUGGUACUGUAUCAUCCGUUCCUCCUCAAGCUACAGAAAUAUCAAGCACAUCAUCCAGUAAGGAUGUCUACCAAGAAGCUCUUAACGCAACUGAACCCCGCAGCAAUUGGACAAGGGAAGAGAUCAAGGCAAUUUAUGAUAAGCCAUUGAUGGAAUUAUGUUGGGGUGCGGGCAGUUUGCAUAGGAAAUUCCAUAUACCUGGGGCUAUUCAGAUGUGUACAUUGUUGAACAUCAAGACCGGUGGUUGUUCGGAGGAUUGUUCUUAGUAAGUUUGGCCGAUUUUUCCAGUUUUUUGCCUCUAUACGCGUUAAUAUGUUGUUUUCCAUGCUCUACUUUUCUGCUUUCUCUUUACAAGUCGUUCAAUAUUCAUUCGGCAACAAUGCUAACAUCAAUCUUAGUUGCGCUCAAUCAUCCCGCUAUCAAACCGGCCUCAAAGCCUCCAAAAUGGUCUCCGUCGAAUCCGUCCUCGCAGCCGCUCGCAUCGCCAAAGAUAAUGGCAGCACACGUUUCUGCAUGGGAGCCGCGUGGCGCGACAUGCGUGGACGCAAAACCAAUCUCAAAAAUGUCAAAACAAUGGUUAGCGAGAUCCGCGGAAUGGGUAUGGAAGUAUGUGUCACGCUUGGUAUGAUUGAUGCAGAGCAAGCUCAGGAACUCAAAGAAGCGGGUCUCACGGCUUAUAAUCAUAAUGUGGAUACUUCGAGGGAUUUCUAUCCCAAGGUUAUCACGACGAGAACUUAUGAUGAGAGAUUGGAUACCAUUAAAAACGUCAGAGAAGCGGGCAUUAAUGUUUGCACGGGUGGAAUCCUCGGAUUAGGAGAGAAUAAGUCUGACCAUAUUGGACUUUUGGAGACGGUUGCUACAUUGCCCUCGCAUCCAGAAUCAUUUCCUGUCAAUAUGUUGGUGGCCAUUAAAGGAACACCAUUGGAAGGAAACAAGAAAGUGGAAUUUGAGAGUAUGUUGAGAAUGGUUGCAACGGCUAGAAUCGUCAUGCCUAAAACCAUCGUGCGUUUGGCUGCUGGAAGAGGAGAAUUGAGCGAGGAACAACAAGUCUUAUGUUUCAUGGCCGGUGCCAAUGCCGUUUUCACAGGGGAGACAAUGUUAACCACACCAGCCGUUGGAUGGGGUGUCGAUUCCGUUGUUUUCAACAGAUGGGGAUUAAGACCCAUGGAGAGUUUCGAGGUCGAAGCCUUGAAGAAUGAUAAACCUGCCUCUACUGCUACGGAACUCCCGGUAAAGUCAAGUAAGGCAGAGAUGCCAGGAACAGUUGCAUGAUUGAUUAUUUGAAUUGGAUACCCAGGGCGUUUGGUGCGCUCAUCAUCUCGAGUUUUUGCAAGGAGAUUCGAACAGUGGAAGUGCCGUUGCGCCACCAUUGGGAUUGGCAUAUCGGACUGAGAUUGACUGUGCCACGAAAAUGUUUUGCGCUAUCGUGUGUUGUCAUCUCGUGGGAAUUUAGCGUUGCUUGUUUUUGUUUUUGUUUUUGUUUUUGGCUUUGUUUGGGGAAAUGGUUGUGUGGUGUAGAAGGAGAGGAUUAUAUACGGAAUAGUAGAAUAUUCUUGUCUGUAAGAUUAUAUAGGAUAAAUGUACAUUAGUUUAUCCUCGAAUCAAUAUACAAAGUGAUAGAUAAUCCGACACUA